GCGGAAAAUUCGAAAAAUAUUUACUUUUUCAAAAUAUUUGAAUUACUCCAAGAUUUUGAUGAUUCUGCAUACAUAACGGCAAAUUAUAAUAUCCAUUAUCAAUUUGGAGGUCUAUUCAGGUUGCUGAAGUAUAGUAGAUCAUCAGACAGACAGAAACAUGACAUCCUCAAGUGCAAGCAGUGAUUUAGAGGAUGAAGGAAUCAUUGACUUGGCGAACAGCAUGCUGACUCAACUGCACGUGCCAAUCUCUGUGAACAGCGUGAAGGAACUCAAGUCUCAUAUAUUUGUCACCUUAUAUGAGGGCCUUUGUGGAGAAACAUUACCAGAUGUCAUCCGUUCUUCCUCUUCGAGUGAGGAUGAGGUUCAUAAUGUACAAUGUGUCAUAGAUUCGCUCUCGUUGGAUGUUCUCCACACAUCUAUGUCGCACAUCAAUGGGGAUGAUAUCGUCGCAGGAAACAAGGUUGCCAUCUUGAAUUUACUGGAAGUCUUCUCAGGAUUGCUGGAGUACAUACUGAACAAGAUUGAAAGUGACGUGUCAUCGGACAAUGAGACUGAAGAUGCUGAUAUUGGUGCUGAAAGUGACCCAGAUACAAUCAGUGUAGAGUUGAUUGAUGAAGCUUUGGACAGAGGACUUGGUAAUCAACAUGUUCAAACUUUCCCCCAGUGGAAAAGUGACAGUCCUCCACAAAGAGGCCCUAAAGCACUCCACUCUACAGUGCCAAGUGUUCUCUCACAACCUGUUGCACAUAGCAGUGGCAGAUCAGGUUUAGAUGCCCCAGAUUCCACAGAAGAUUUGAUACUUGAAAGUGAGAAGCUUGAGCGACAAAUGUUGGAAGAAGAUAAGGUUGUAGCUCCCCCUAUUGUUUCUAUUAAGAAACCCGAGCCCAGACAGCAAAAUUCAAUCCUGAGUGUUGAGGAAGCAGAUAGUACAACAACUUCUGCGUCUUUCCCAGAGCCGUUAGUUCAUCCUCGCGAUGACAUCACACUGCAUGAUGAUGUCACAGAUGGACUUGUCUUAGGUCAAGGUCGGAGAGACUUCCAGGACAUUGGGCUCAGACCAAGACCAGAACCUAGUAUGGGAUCAGAUGGAAUUGACCCACACAGUGAUCCCAGGCAGCAGACGACUAUUGGAAGACAAACAAAUAAUGCUCCCUCAACUGUUCACCACACAUUUACACAUCAUCUUUAUCAUCACCAUCUUGAUGGGGAAACAGAUAGAAAAUUUUCUACAUCAACAAGAGACCCCUUCACAUCCACACUACCAAUAGCUACAUCUUCAACAUCUAGAGACCCCUUAGCAGCAUCACUGCCACCAAGCUCAAGAUAUGUAAAGAGUGAAAGACCAAAGUCUAGAUACAAAUCUGCACCUUCAGCAUCUGCCACAUUAGAAAGCAGUAAGUACAGAGUGAGGGAGCCUGUUGUACAGACCAAUAUCAUCCCUAGCCAAUCACAAAACAGAUCAAAUAUUCCUGACCAAUCAAAGAGAAGAGUACAAAGUGGAAGCAUGCAGACGGAUUCAAGAUUUGCAAAGGAUUAUGGGACAGCUAAGACAUUGCGCAAGACCAGAGAUGUGACUUCUACAGUACCUGCAAGGGAGACAGUUGCUAAUAAGGCUCGACCCCCAAAGGUCAAUGUGCCUUCUGAAGGAAAGUUUGAAAGUGGUGCUGAUACAAACAGAACAUUUGAUGUCAUGCAGUCUGGUGACUUAAAGGUGCAUGCCCAGCCAGAUUCAAGUCAAAUGGGACGACCCACUGCCUCAAGGUCAUAUGAUAGUCUGUUUUCACUUGUACAUGAUACACAGAAGAUGUCUGAGGCAGCAAUACAAUCAAGCCCACUGAAAUCUAAACCACGCAGAGAAAACGAAAUUGCUGAGCAGAUAGCUCCACCCAUCAGAGAGGCCCUCCAUCGUGUUGAUCAAGAGUCACAUGUGGUACACAGUCUGUCACAGUCAUUGAAUGUGCCUGACACAGAUAAGGAAAUAUCCAGCAGAAUAGACCAGGCAAGAAAACCAAGUAGGAAAGUGUCAUUCCUUACUGAGAGAUCUUUCACUAAGACUGAGAAACCUGAGAUAGAUAGAAUAAGGAGCCCCAUUCAUAGACCCCGUAGAGAAGACUACAUGAGUGAUCUACCACUUCGAAACAGUCUUAAGAAAUACUACGAGAAGCGCUAUCCCAAACCUCACAUAGAUUCAACUCGGCAGUCUGUCCACGAGAGGCCUUCAACAUCAUUGGGGGUCCACUCAAGGAGGGAUAGUUGGAGGAGAGAAAGGGAACAGGACCAGGCCCACAGUGAUAGCGAGUUGUCCCAACACAGUGAUAGCAUGAUAGACUAUGGAGACCAAGAUUUGCAGGAAAGGCUGGAAGACCUCAGUGAUGAAGACAAGGAACAGCUUCAGCGGUCAAAACAUGUCAAAUUCCGGGAGACAAUAACAGCUCUUUCAGGGGAAUAUGGAAAGAUACGACAAAAACUCAUUGAAGAAAAAAGACAGAAAGAAAGAAAUACGAAGGUGCUUGGGAAGCUCUUUAAGAUAGACUACGACAAUAUACAUGAAGAUGAGAUGGAUGAUUUGAGGCAACAAAGAAAAACUGCUAAUAAAAAGGAUAAAGAAUACAAGAAAAGUGUGCUUUUACCUACAAAACCACCCAUCCCAAGAAGUGGAAGAAAACCUCAAGGCCCCAGAGCAAGACCAACAAGCAGAUUAACCACAGCUGGCAAAACACGAAAACGCAGUGCAUCAAGUAGUCCUAUAGGAGGCAGACGCAAACCAACAGGCCCAUUUCAUGUUGGAACUGAUGAGUUUCUCCCUGAAUUACUAGAAGAGUUCCCAUUCUUGUACCUCUCUCCUGAGACCCUGCAUGAACUGUGGAAACAGCAUGCUGGCCAGGUGAAGACCAUCAGCAAAGUACAGCAGGAGGUUAGACGGAGGAAAAGUAAAGCUCAAAUUGAGAUAGAGGAGGCUGAGCAGAGGCAGAAUAUUCUCGCAGACAUAAUGAAGAAAGAGAUGGCUCACAACAACAGAAUGCGUGAAGCCAAGGACCGCAAAGCCCAACAUCUUUCUGUGCAAUCUCAGGUUCGAGAAAAGCGUCAACAGACUGCAAAAUCAAAACGGUAUUAUGAGGAGUACCAAGUUAGAAUGAGGUCUAAAAUGUUGAAGAAAAGAACUCGCGAGGAAAUGAUAUUCAAGAAACUUUUCAAAGAUGGGAUCGAGAUCCAAAAAGAGAGAAUCAGGGAUCUAAGAAAAUAUGCCAAUGAUCAGAGGCAGAGAAGGAACAACAAACAGCAAAAUGAAAUAGAGUCAUUGGAAAAUUAUUAUCGGGACCAGUUUGCCUUGCUAGCAGAGUCAAUGGCCAAGGAAAGGCAAGAAAUCCAGAUUAGAGAAACUGCUCAAAAUAAGGUGUUGAACCAGAUGAAACGUGAGCUACGUCGUAAAAUGGAGGCAGACAUUCAUGAUUUUCAAGAUCAAAUGCAAAGAGAUGAUGAUGAGGCGUACUUCCGCCAACUUGAUGCCGAUAGAAUCAGGAAUGAACUCUAUGCUGCAAAAUAUCAGCAUAACAUGUGAUAUAUUUUCCCAUAAUGCCUCAAUUAAAGUGCAGACAAGCAAAGAUGACAAUCAUUCAUAAUCUGACAGCUCAAUGCUGAUAUUACCCAUAAUGCAUCAGUUGUGGAGCAGACAAUAUCCUGUUUAACUCUAUCAAGCUGUAUGUACAGCACAGAAGUGUUUUGAGCAUUUGUGUUAUCCCCACACUCAUAUUCUGAAAAAGUAACUGUAAUUUUGUUCCUAGACCUUAUUUCUUAUGGUUUCCUUCCAAAAUCAGAAAUGUAGCCAAACAUAGCUUCCAUAUGUUUUGUGCUAAAAUUCAUGUGAUUCUUUUGGAAUAUCAUGUAUGAAAUACAACUGAAUGUAACAUCUUCUGUAUGGAGUCUUAUUGCAAUAAGUCUUUUAAAAACAAUAACUGAUAAACAAAACUCUUAAUGCUUGAUUUGAAGCCAGAUAUUCUAGCUUGUAGGCCUACAUGAGAUUCAACUUUCAUAAUCAUACCGUCAAUGUCAAGGUGAUACACUCAUACUGGUAAACAUUGUAGACAAUGUUCUAAUGUAUACUUGAUUAUAAAAUUGUCGUCUAAUUUUGAAGGUAGUUUUGAACAGCAAAAGCAUUAUGCAUUCUUAACACUUAAAGAUGUACCGUAAUCAUCUGUCUCUGAUUCAUAAAUAUACACAAAAUGUAGAGAUUUAGGCCAAUUUAUCUUGUCAAUAAUUCUGAUUUACCUUAUACUUGAAUAGUAAUUUCAAUUGCAUGGGAGUUACAUAAGAUUGUAGCCCAUUUGGAUUUUGCAGUCCAAUUUACUGAUUCUCUACAAGAUUGCAUGCCAGUUUAAAUCUUUCUUACAUUAC